CUCCGGUUUAGCGCCGGAUCACGUGAGGACUUCUCGUCAAGUCCCUGAAAGGCAAACAGGGCGACACCCACGUCUGUUGGACAUCCCUCCUGGUUCCUCAUCAUCUAGUAGGCUGAAGGGCCUUUUCUUGAUAUGUUCUGGAAGAGAUUUGCAUUCCAGCAGACGUCGAGCAUCGAUACUCUCCUGGAUAGGGAGGAUGCUGACCUUGAGUCUAUUCUGGAUGACGAUGAUCUCUUAAGUGAAUGCAAGAGCCAGAACACGCGUCUGAUUGACUAUUUCCAACGAACGGAUGUCCUACGCAAGCUUCUCGGUUAUGCAUCAGGAGAGAUCGAAGGGGAUGGUAUGGGACGCUUCAAAUACCCACAUGUGUCGACAGAAGUUCUAUGUUGCGAGAUAUGGUCUAUUGUUGAGACCUGUGUGCGAGAGUCGGAGCAACUCCUUGUCCCAUUCUGGGACGCCAUCCUGGAUACCCCCCCUCAACAAUUAACCCAGAAGCCAUUACUGGCUUCUCACUUCACAAAGAUCAAUGCAGUCUUCAUGUCUAAAAAGCCCAAGGAGAUGCUAGACUUCAUUACAAGCCAACCUUCCAUACUUGAACGGUUAAUGAGGCAUCUAGAGACGCCUGCAAUUGUUGAUCUAUUAUUUCGCAUGCUGCAGACGGAUGACGCUUCUGGCGGCUCUGACGUUGUUGAGUGGUUGUCCUCGCAAGGUUUCAUGCAGAAACUUGUCUCACUACUGUCACCACGUCAUCCUCCUGAUCUACAUGCCAUCGUUGCGGAGAUUCUCAAAGGAAUCAUUGUCAUGUGUGCACCUUCCCCUGCUAACGCGAACGAGAGCCAAGUCGUCUUAGUGGCGAACCGAUUCCCACGUCAACUAGUGUCGAAAGACCUGAUUCAGAGCCUCGUAGGCUUCAUGCUUGAUGAUGCACCGGAAAGACGAACCAGCAUUCGCAGCGUGUCUGCAAUUCCACAUUCGAACGCAACGCGUGAGAAUGAUGACGAUGUUCAAUCCGAUUCUGAGUCACUAUCCUCGGGCUCUGAAUAUCAUUCCGCGACUUCAACGGGUACCGAACGAUCAACUUCAUCUCUCCUCCACGUCGCUUCAGUCAUCAUUGAGCUCAUGCGCAAAAAUAAUUCAGACUUCUUCGAGCCGUAUUUAUUUCACACACUCCGUCAUCGUUUAAUCCAAGUUCAGCAACAGUAUAUUCCCACAAUAAUUAGAACGACUUCGGACCCCCAAAAGCGUGCAGGGGAGGAUCGCGAAAUAUUAGAACAGAAUAUGGAUAGUAUGGUUGAUCAAAUGGGGAUCGUCCACUUUGGUGGUCUGCUGGAGAUAUUGAGCGACCGGCUAUCCCAGUUUCAGGCCUUGCUCAAGAGCCCUCGCUCAUUUAACGGCCCAAUAUUGACGACAGUCGGCGAGGUUGUGCCGCUCACACUCGAGCGGUUUCGUAUAUGUGAGCUAUAUGCUGAGCUCCUUCAUUGUUCAAACAUGUCACUCCUCAACCGUCCCGUUGGUUAUGGCCCUGCAUAUGACGAUGAGGGUCGCUUAAUGGGCGGGCUGAGUGCUCUGGAGGAACUGGCACGAGUAGUAUCCAAUGGAGGCAUGGACGAUUCCCCCACACCCCCACCUCAGGUUGAAAGGCCCCCGGAAACAGAAACCGAAGAGCCAACUCCGUCACGAGACCUGCAAGCUUCUUUCGCCUCCACGGACUUGUCGGUCGGCUCCAUCACAUCUGGAGGUGACACAGAGUAUCUUAGCAACCUGGGAGACGACAGAAGCGAAAGCGGAAGCGAUGACAGUGGUCACAUGGAAGAGAUUAAUAUCCAUGAGGAUGGGUCCGCCGUUCGACAGCGUCGUGAACCCUUGCCACCGGCUCCUUUUGCAGUGCCGAGCCCGAGAUCACAGCCCCAUCCCCUUCCAGACACCGAAUCAUCUUCAAUUUCCUCUAAUGCCAAUCUUUCUGCGGACAGUUCAACUCCUCAGGAACCUGUAGAAGACAUUGACCCGUUUACGUUCACGGACCCGAAUGAAAUACCGCCGAGCCCACCAUCUGAUGCUACGGGCAUGUCGGCCUCUAUCAUAUCAUCGGUGUCCUUAGACACGUCACGACUUAUCUCAGUUAGGGAUGAACCUGAAGGAAUUUUGACACUUUCACGAUCAAGUCCGGAUCGUCCUCAAAUGCCGCCCGGCGACAUGUUUAAGUCACGAUUCCUCGAAUUGGACGUCAUCUCAACCCUAUUGGAUCUAUUCUUUGAUUUCCCGUUGAAUAACUUUCUUCACAACGUUGUCUACGAUCUACUUCACCAAAUUAUGACCGGGCGCAUGGAUAGGGCUCUCAAUCGCGAACUUGUCAUGGCAUUGUUCCGUGAGGGUCGGUUGUUCCAUCGUAUCAUCGAAGCACAAAGGCGUAAUGACGAAGCAUGCUCGAAACCGAAGGGUGUUAGACUUGGAUUCAUGGGACAUCUGACAUUAAUAUCCGAAGAUGUCAUUAGUGCACUGUCCCAUUACCCCCGCGAACUGAUGGAACGGCUGUCUCAGUAUGCACCACAGCCAGAAUGGGACCAGUAUGUGUCUGGACGAUUCCAGGAGACCAAGGAGCGAGACGCAAGCCAACUUGGCGGAGGGAAACCACUUAUUCUAUCGGCUCCAUUGCGGCCCGGAUUAGGAGCCAUCGGAAAUGCAAGGGCCGGGGGCCUGGCUGUAGAUGAAGGGGAUGGUUUGGCGCUUAGAGAGACGGGGACCUUCACUAAGGUUGGAUCAACUAAUGGAAUUGGGUCUGCCCCAGUCCAGAAUGUUGUUUUUGCCGCCAGAAAUGAGGAUGAUGAAGACGAUGAUUCAGCCCCUACAGGUCGGUUCGCUCGAUAUUUGGUUCAACAGCUCAACUCGAUGGCGAGCUCCCAACUUGAAUCUUCAUCAUCUGAUAAUUCUGACGACGACGAUGAUGCCAACUGGCUCAGUGAUUCUCCACAGGCUGGUGACUUUGACCUGUCCGCGGGCAACCAACCUUCCAACAAUCGCAGAGCAUUCGGCUCCAGUACCCGGCGGGUAUUUGGGGCUGCUUUCCACGAUUCAUUUGCCGACUUUGAGACCGGCCCAAAGAAAUUCUCGGAAGAGUAUGAUCAAUUUGGUUCACUUGGUGACUCGCAUGCGGGCAAAACGUCACUUAAUUUCUCCGAGUUCACCGACAACUUCGCCUUCCCAUCAUCAUCCACAAAUCCAACCUUCGAGCUUGAUAAUGAGUUUGGCGGGCAUUCACCAUUAGAGGGUUUCUCGUUUGGGGGCCGCAAUUCAUUUGAUGAAGAUGACGACGGCUUUGGUGACUUCCAGACUGCGCCAAUGUUGGAAGUGAUUGCGAGCACAAGCGCAGACGGUAUCACGCAGAGUUUGGAUUCAUCGCAGAACGACGAUUUCGUGGACGAAGUUAUUCAUGGCCUAUCGGCCGAGCACAGCAUGAGGGGCGGAAAGGAUCAAGAGGAUGGCGAGCGGACACCGCGAGCAAGUAAACCACUUUUCGACGAUUCGUUCGGCGAGAACUUCGAGGAGGUGAAUUUGGAUCCCGAUACCUUUGGGUCGCGUCGGAAGAAUUAUUCCUAUGUUUCCAGCGACGACCCUUUCAUUCAUCCUCCGAUAGCAACAUCGUCUGACGAGGUCCCGAAGUCACACGCAAUGGCUGAGUUGGAGCGUUCGUUUGGGAGUGUUUCACUGGACAAAAAUCAGCAAGGAAAUUUGCUUGAUGCCUUCAGUUUGCAUGUUCAGCCAUCCAAAUUGGGAUCGCCCACAAGAACGUUCCGUCUUGAGGAUGGCGAAGACCCCGCUUCCCGAUUCCCCCAAUACUUCACAUCUUCGCAUUAAAUCCGGUGUAUGGUAUGGACUCAUUUAUCCAUUUUUCAUCUGUAUUUACCACACUGUUGUCACUAUAAUAUCGUCAUCUAUGCAGC